UGAAGCAGAGGGGAAGGAACAAGAAAGGGAAACCCAGACCUGUGUAGAACCGCCACCUCGCCGCGAGGGAGUAAAGGAAGAAAAAAAAAAUGCUCGCCCGCACCCUCGUCGCCCGCCUCCGCCCCCGCCUCGCCCCGUCGCUCGCCGGCCUCGGCGGCCGCGCGUCGGCGGGCGCCGCCGCCGCCGCCACCGACAUCGUUGUCGACGAGGACGCGCCGCCCGUGCCGGCCGGGGUCGGGGCCGCCGCCGUCGCGGCCACCGUGCCCACCGUCCUGCAGCCGCGCGUGCUCAUCUACGACGGCGUCUGCCACCUCUGCCACCGCGGGGUGAAGUGGGUGUUCAGGACGGACAAGCACGCCAAGAUCAGGUUCUGCUGCCUGCAGUCCAAGGCCGCGGAGCCGUACCUGAGGCUGGUGGGCAUGGACCGGGAGGACGUGCUCCGCCGCGUUCUCUUCAUCGAGGGCCCUGAGGCCUACUACGAGGGCUCCACUGCUGCGCUGAAAGUUGCAUCAUACCUGCCUCUUCCCUACUCGGUGCUGAGCUCCUUGCUGAUCAUCCCCGUCCCACUGCGGGACGCAGCCUACGAUUACAUUGCAAGGAAUCGGUACGACUGGUUCGGCAAAGAUGACAAGUGCCUGGUGAUCAAGGACCGGGAGCUUCUCGAGCGUUUCAUCGACAGGGAGGAAAUGCUCGGUGGCGGUCCCAGCAACAGUUCUUAUUGAUCACAGCUGUUGCUGCCGCUGUUUGCUUCUCGGUAGGUGUAGGUAGAGGAGAUGUAAGUAAUCUUCACAAUUAUGUAGGUGAUUGUGGUUAGUUUGACUUGAAGCCUGGAACUUGAGCUCCGUUUUCAGUAAGUAGCUAAAAGUGCUGGCUGGAAUGCAGCAUAUAUCGCAACAUCGGUCAGAUGUUCCCACUUUGCGUGCUAACUUUUAGAUCCGGUUAACUUCCAAGGAAGGGGAUAGUUUUUGGAUCUGGAUUAUCUUACAGUGCAACAGGCUUUCAAAUGCCCUGGGCUUGUCAACAUUCUCACGA